AUGCGCAGCCUCAAGUUUGCGUCUGCUCUCAUCGCAGCCACCCUGCUGGGAUCCGUAUCGGCGAACCCGCCGAACCCGAAUCUCUUUGCCUACGGCAAUCAGGGCCCACUACUUGGCACAGCCCUCGGCAUCACCGGCAGGAACGCAACAUUCGACUACAUAGUCAUUGGCGGAGGCACCGCGGGCCUCACAAUCGCCAGCCGUCUAGCCGAAAACCAAACAGCAAGCGUUGGAGUCAUCGAGGCGGGCGGGUUCUACGAAAUCGACAACGGCAAUUACUCCAUCGUACCGGGCUACUCGAGUUACUACACAGGCUCAGAUACGGCCGACUACCAGCCGUUGAUCGACUGGGGAUUCAAUACACAGCCUCAACCUGGAUCCGAAGGCCGGGUCUUGCAUUAUGCUCGAGGCAAGACUCUCGGAGGCUCCUCUGCUAGGAACUAUAUGCUCUAUCAACGGCCGACGGCUGAGAGCAUGAAGCGCUGGGCUGAUGAGGUUGGCGAUCAGAGUUACACUUUUGAGAAUAUCUUGCCUUAUUUCAAGAAGUCUGUGCAUUAUACGCCGCCCAACCAGGCGUUGUAUAACAACUCGACGAACACCCAGACUGCUGAUGCGUUCAGUCCAUCGGGCGGGCCGCUAGAGGUAUCCUUUAGCAAGGCCGUGAGUGCCUUUGGAUCCUGGUGUCAGAAAGCAUUCGUCGCUCUGGGCAUGAAGCGACUCGAUGGUUUCAACAGUGGAGAAUUACUCGGCUCAGCCUAUGCAACCUUCACAAUCGACCCGCGUAACGCCCAUCGCUCAAGUUCCGAGUCCAGCUUCCUGCAGGCUGUACUGGUAAAAGGCGUCGGGCCCACGAUAUACAAGAAUACCCAGGCCCAGAAGAUCCUCUUCGAUGAGAACAAGCGCGCAGUCGGCGUUCACGUAUCGACUGCAGGCACCUUUGGCACACCAUCAGUCGACUUCACCCUGCACGCGCGCAAGGAAGUCAUUCUAUCAGCCGGCGCCUUCCAGUCCCCUCAGCUCCUGAUGGUCUCAGGCAUUGGACCCUGCGAUCACCUACGCAGCUUCGACAUCCCCUGCAUCAAGGACCUCCCAGGUGUGGGCCAGAACAUGCAAGACCACCCGAUUUUCGGGACCGCGCACCGCGUGAACGUCCUCACAGCGUCUGCUGCAGCUAACAAUGCAACUGUUGCUGCGCUGAGUGCGGAUCAGUAUGUCCAAAAUGCCUCGGGCUCGCUGUCUAUCUUCGGGCCCGGCUACUACGGCUGGGAGAAACUUCCCAGCGCGUUCCGUGCAAAUCUCACUGAAGAGUCUCGUCGCACACUGGACAGCUUCCCGUCCGAUUGGCCGGAGCUGGAAUGGUUGUCUGUCGGUGCUUUCAAUGGAUACAAUCUGGACAAGGCGACAGCCGACCCGCAGGAUGGACACCAGUAUGCGACACUUAGUGGAGCGUUGGUUGCGCCUUUGUCGCGCGGUUCUGUCCGUCUGGCUGGACCGAGUAUGGAGACUCUUCCCUUGGUUGAUCCGCAGUUCUUUGUAGAUCCUACCGAUAAGGAGCUGGCUGUUCAGGGCUUCAAGCGGCAGCGGGAGAUUUGGGCCGAGUUGGCUAGGUUGGGUGUCGCGGAGCAGGAGGAGUAUUUCCCGGGCUUCGAUGUUUCUACGGAUGCUCAGAUCUGGGAGUUCAUUCAGCAGAGUAUGACUACUGUUUUCCAUGCGUCGGUGACUUGUAAGAUGGGGCGGACGAAUGACUCGAUGGCUGUUGUUGAUAGUCAUGCAAAGGUCUAUGGUGUGGAGGGAUUGAGGGUUGUUGAUGCCAGUAGCUUCCCAUUCUUGCCUCCUGGUCAUCCUCAGUCUGUUGUCUAUGCCCUGGCUGAGAAGAUUGCAGACGAGGUAUUGGGCUGA